GCGGCGCUGCCCCCCGGGAGGGGGCCGGGAAGAUGAAGGAGAUCUGCAGGAUCUGCGCCCGGGAACUGUGCGGUAACCAGCGGCGCUGGAUCUUCCACACGGCGUCCAAACUCAACCUGCAGGUCCUGCUCUCGCACGUCCUGGGCAAGGAUCUGCCCCGCGAUGGCAAAGGCGAGUUCGCGUGCAGCAAGUGCGCGUUCAUGCUGGACCGCAUCUAUCGCUUCGACACGGUCAUCGCCCGCAUCGAAGCGCUCUCGAUCGAGCGCCUGCAGAAGCUGCUGCUGGAGAAGGACCGGCUCAAGUUCUGCAUCGCCAGCAUGUACCGCAAGAACAACGAGGGCCCCGGCCCCGAGGCCAAGGCGGGCCCCGGCACGGUGGACAUCUCCGGCCUGCCCGACGCCCGGUACUCUGCCCUGCUGCAGGAGGACUUCGCGUAUUCCGGGUUCGAGUGUUGGGUCGAGAACGAGGACCACGUCCCCGAGCUGCACAGCUGCCACGCCUCGGAGGGCCCCGGCAGCCGACCCAGGAGGUGCCGCGGCUGUGCGGCUCUGCGGGUCGCCGAUGCGGACUACGAAGCCAUCUGCAAGGUGCCGAGGAAGGUGGCCAGAAGUAUUUCCUGCGGCCCUUCCAGCAGGUGGUCCACCAGCAUCUGCACGGAGGAGCCGGCCCUCUCCGAGGUCGGGCCGUCGGAUCUCCCGGGCACCAAAGCCCCCCCGGAUGGAGAAAGCAUGGAGGAAGGCACCCCGGGGUCCUCGGUGGAGUCGCUGGAUGCGAGUGUCCAGGCCAGCCCCCCGCAGCCGAAGGACGAGGACCCCGAGAGGGGCGCCAAGGAGCUCGCCAAGUGCGACUGCUGGGCAGACGAGCAGGCCCCGCCCCCGGCGUGUGCCCACCGGCUGGAGCUGGCUCUGAGUGUCAUUAAGGGUCUCGACUAUAAGCCCAUCCAGAGCCCCCGGGGGAGCAGGCUCCCCAUCCCCGUGAAGUCCAGCUCACCCAGAGCCAGAGCCGGCCAGGUUCUGCCGGACGGAGUUGGUGCCGCGUUCCUGCCCCGGUCUCUGAGACCCCUGUCCAAGUCGCCCGCGAGCUAUCCCUUGGAAAUUGCAGACCUGCAGGAGCUAUGGGAUGAUCUCUGGGAAGAUUAUUUGCCACUUCGGUUCCAGCCCAUGGCUGAAGAUUUAUUCAAGCAACCAAGACUGACUGAAAAUGAGACCAACACAGCACCACAAUCUGUGUCUGAUUCCCUCUUGGCAGAACUCCAAGAAAAGAUCCAGCAAACAGAAGUCACCAACAAGGUCCUUCAGGAGAAACUGAAUGAAAUGAGCUGCAAACUAAAAUCUGCUCAGGAAUCAUCUCAGAAGCAAGAUGGCACAAUCCAAAGCCUCAAGGACACUCUCAAGAGCAGGGAAAGUGAGACCGAGGAGUUGUACCAGGUGAUUGAAGGUCAGAAUGACACCAUGGCAAAACUUCGAGAAAUGCUGCACCAAAGCCAGCUGGGACAACUUCAUAGCUUGGAGUCUUCUCCCCCAGCUCAGCAGCAGGUCGCCCUGCUGGACCUUCAGAGCGCUUUGUUCUGCAGCCAGCUUGAGAUCCAGAAACUGCAGAGGAUGGUACGACAGAAAGAACGGCAGCUGGCCGACGCCAAACGAUGUGUGCAGUUCAUUGAAGCUGCGGCCCAGGAACGAGAGCAGCAGAAAGAGGCUUCCUGGACACAUAAUAAGGAAUUGCGAAAAGCCUUACAACAGUUACAAGGAGAAUUGCAGAAUAAAAACCAAAAGCUUCGUGCCCUGGAGGCUGAAAAAUUCAAUGAGAUUCGAGCCCAAGAGCAAAAUAUCCAGCGUCUAAACCACAGUCUGAAUCACAAAGAACAACUGCUUCAGGAAUUUCGGGAGCUACAGCAAUAUCGGGAUAACCCAGAUCCAACCUUUGAAGCGAAUGAAAUGUUGCUUGAGAAACUUCGGCAACGAAUACAGGACAGAGAUGCUGCUUUAGAGCGAGCCAUAGAUGAAAAGUUCACCACCCUGGAAGAAAAAGAAAAAGAACUGCGUCAGCUGCAGCUGGCAGUGAGAGAGCGAGACUAUGACCUGGAGAGAUUGCGCGUUGUCCUCUCCUCCAAUGAAGCCACCAUGCAGAGUAUGGAGAAUCUCCUGAGGGCAAAAGGCCUAGAAGUGGAGCAGUUAUCUACCAGCAGUCAGAACCUCCAGUGGCUCAAGGAAGAAAUGGAAACCAAAUUUAGCCACUGGCAGAAGGAGCAAGAAAGCAUCGUUCAGCAGUUACAGACCUCUCUGCAUGACAGGAACAAAGAAGUGGAGGAUCUCAGUGCCACAUUGCUCUGCAAACUCGGACCAGGUCAAGUGGAGAUUGCUGAGGAGCUAUGUCAGCGUCUACAGCAGAAAGAAAGGAUGCUUCAGGAGCUUCUGAGUGAUCGCAACCAGCAAGCUGCGGAGCACGGGCUGGAGAUCCAGAACCUCCUGCAGUCCAUGAGCUCCAGGGAGCAGGAGAGCCAAGUGGCCUCGGAGAAGAUGGUACAAGCCCUGAUUGAAAGAAAUUCAGAAUUACAAGCCCUGCGCCAAUAUUUAGGAGGGAAAGACUUCCUGGCUUCCCAGGCACUCAUGUCUAACCAGCUAGCUGAAGUCACCUCCAUCUGCCCCCUUCUUGGAGAGCAGACGGAUCAAGGCUCCGUGCAUAUACCCUCCAGAGAUGAUAGCACUUCACUGACCGCCAAAGUGGACACCAGCAUGCCCAGAUCCUCACUAGGCGACUCGGACACAGUUGCUGAGCUAGAAAAAGAACUGAAUCAUGCCAAAGAGGAACUGGACCUCAUGGCGAAAAAAGAAAGAGAAAGUCGGAUGGAACUUUCUGCUCUCCAGUCCAUGGUGGCCGUGCAGGAGCAAGAGCUGCAGGUGCAGGCUGCCGACUUGGAGUCCCUGACCAGGAACAUGCAGCUCAAGGAGGAUCUCAUAAAGGACCUGCAGAUGCAACUGGUCGAUCCAGAAGAUAUACCAGCUGUGGAACGCCUGACCCAAGAAGUCUUACUUCUUCGGGAAAAAGUUGCUUCAGUAGAAUCACAGGGUCAAGAAACUUCAGGAAACCGAAGACAACAAUUAUUGCUGAUGCUGGAAGGGCUUGUAGAUGAGCGGAGCCGGCUCAACGAGGCCUUACAGGCAGAAAGGCAGCUCUACGGCAGCCUCGUCAAGUUCCACGCGCACCCCGAGAGCUCUGAGAGAGACCGAACUCUGCAGGUGGAACUGGAAGGGGCGCAGGUGUUACGCAGUCGGCUCGAAGAAGUCCUCGGAAGAAGCCUGGAGCGCUUAAGCAGGCUGGAGACCCUGGCAGCCAUUGGAGGUACCGCUGCGGGAGACGACACUGAAGAUGCAAGCACUGAGUUCACUGACAGUAUUGAGGAAGAGGCUGCACACAAUAGCCACCAGCAACUCAUCAAGGUGGCUUUGGAGAAAAGCCUGGCAGCAGUGGAGACCCAGAAUGUCUCCCUCCUUCCUCCUUCCUCCGCAGAAGGGGACUGUAACAGGGGUCUUCAGGAGGAAAUGCUUCACCUGAGGGCUGAGAUGCACCAGCACUUAGAGGAGAAGAGGAGGGCUGAGGGUGAGCUGAAGGAACUAAAGGCUCAAAUCGAAGAAGCAGGAUUCUCCUCUGUGGCCCACAUCAGGAACACUAUGCUGAGCCUUUGCCUUGAGAAUGCGGAGCUGAAAGAGCAGAUGGGAGAAGCAAUGUCUGAUGGAUGGGAGAUUGAGGAAGACAAGGAGAAGGGCGAGGUGACAGUGAAUACUGUGGUAGCCAAAGGGAAUCCGAGUGAGAAUCAACUCCAAGCAGAGUUCAGAAAGCUCCAGGGAAAACUGAAAAAUGCGCACAAUAUCAUCAACCUCCUCAAAGAACAACUGGUGCUGAACAUUAAGGAAGGGAAUAGUAAACUUACCCCGGAGCUCCUGGUGCAUCUGACAAAGGAGAUCGACAGAAUGAACACAGAGCUAAUUGGCUCUCCCGGGAGGUACCGAUGCCGGGAAGAGGAGGAUGUGACCAUGAAGCCCUGCCCACGACCCCAGAGCCUUGACCUGGGGGCCGCCCUCACCGUGGAUGUCCAACUGGACCGCCAGCCUCAGGCCUGUGAUCCGAGGGCCCAGGCAGAAUUGAGCCUUUCAAGAUCCACCAAGCACUUGCGCUCGCAGCUGGCCCAGUGCAGACAACACUAUCAGGACCUCCAGGAGAAGCUGCUGAUAUCGGAAGCCACUGUCUUUGCCCAGGCCAACCAGCUGGAGAAAUACAGAGUCAUGUUUACAGGGGAAUCGCCGGUGAAGCAGGACAGCAAGCAGAUCCAGGUGGACCUCCAGGACCUGGGCUAUGAGACGUGUGGCCGCAGCGAGAAUGAGGCUGAGCGGGAGGAGACCACCAGUCCCGAAUGUGAGGAGCACAGCUUCAGGGAAUCCAUCCUGAGAGAAGGGCUGUGCUCUGAGCAGCGUGGUCUGGGCUCAGGCCCUGGGAAGAAGCCCUUGGUGAGCCAGCCGUGGACGCAGGACUUCCAGUCAUACGGCAAGUCAGAAGAUAUCUCUGUCCUGCAUAAGGACAUCAGUGAUCUGAAGGCCCAACUGCAGAACGCCCACAAGGUCAUUCAGAACCUCAAGAGUCGGGUCCGGUCCCUCUCUGUGACUAGCGAUUAUUCCUCUAGUCUGGAGAGACCCCGAAAGCCGAAAGCCCCGAAGGCUGGAGGCCUCGAGGGAUCGUCACCGCAGAGCGCCACAGAUGAAGACGAAGGAUGGCUGUCUGAUGGCACUGGGGCCUUCUAUUCACCUGCACUUCAGGCACAGAAGGACCUGGACAGUCUGAUCCAGAGAGUGUCCCAGCUGGAGGCCCAGCUCCCCAGAACUGGUCUGGAGGGGAAGUUGAAUGAGGAGCUGAGGUCAGCCCCCUGGCCUGGAAAAUAUGAUUCCUUGAUUCAGGAUCAGGCCCGAGAACUAUCGUACCUACGUCAGAAAAUACGAGAAGGGAGAGGUAUCUGUUAUCUUCUCACUCAGCAUGCAAAAGAUACAGUGAAAUCUUUCGAGGACCUUCUGAGAAGCAACGAUAUUGACUACUACCUGGGGCAGAGCUUCCGAGAGCAACUUGCCCAGGGAAGCCAGCUGACAGAGCGGCUCACCAGCAAGCUCAGCACCAAGGAUCAUAAAAGUGAGAAAAAUCAAGCUGGACUUGAACCCCUGGCUCUCAGACUCAGCAGGGAACUCCAGGAAAAGGAGAAAGUGAUUGAAGUCCUGCAGGCCAAGCUGGACGCCCGUUCCCUCACACCGUCCAGCAGCCAAGCCUUGUCCGACUCCCGCCACACCCCCAGCAGCUCCUCCUUUCUGUCUGAUGAGCUGGAAGCCUGCUCUGACAUGGAAAUAGCCAGCGAGUACGCACACUAUGAGGAGAAGAAAGCUUCACCUGGGCCUUCAGAUUCCAUCCAUCAUUCGACUCAUUCUGCCGUACUGUCUCCUAAACCAUCAGCAACCAGUGCACCUCAGGGGCUUAAAGCCGAACCCAGCUGCAAUCCAAUCAACUGUCCAGCUCCCCAGAAUUCCCCCCAGGAGGCCAUCCAGGCCCAUCCAGGCCUUCAUUUCCCCUCCAUUCCCAGGCUGGUUAGCCCCCCUCGGGCACCACUGCCCUUAGGUCCCCACAGCUUCCCGCCUUUCAGCCCCACUGGCCCUCCGGUCCUUGGCUGCUGUGAGACACCGGUAGUCUCCUUGGCAGAGGCUCAGCAGGAGCUGCAGAUGCUGCAGAAGCAGUUGGGAGAAAGUGUUAGCUCCGUCAAUCCUGCUUCCCCAGCAACACUAUUGAGCAACAAUUCAGAAGCCAACUCCUCCCACUACCACAACCCUUCACAGCCCCACUCUCUGAGGGGUGCCAUAGAACUGGGCAGAAUCCUGGAGCCUGGGUACCCCAGCAGCAGUGGCCAGUGGGAUCUGAUGACCCCUCAGAAAGGAAGUGUUUCUGGAGAUCUCUCCUCAGGCUCAUCUGUGUACCAGCUUAACUCCAAACCCACAGGGGCUGAUCUGCUGGAAGAGCACCUUGGAGAGAUCCGGAACCUCCGUCAGCGCUUGGAGGAGUCCAUUUGCACCAAUGACCGUCUGCGGGAGCAGCUCGAGCACCGGCUGAGUUCCACUGCCCGGGAUCUUGGAUCUACCUCUAACUUCUACAGUCAGGGCCUGGAGUCCACACCCCAACUCUACAAUGAGAACAGAGUCCUCAGGGAAGAGAACCGGAGCCUUCAGGCUCAGUUGAGUCAUGUCUCCAGAGAACACUCCCAGGAAACACAGUGCCUGAGGGAGGCCCUGCUGUCCUCCCGUUCCCGCCUCCAAGAGCUGCAACUGGAGCUGAAUCACCACAAGAUGGAGGAGCAGCAGCUCCUGGGGGACCUGAAGGAGAAGCAACAGGAGAUCCUGCAUUUCCAGGAGGAGCGACUGUGCCUUCAGGAGAAGGACUCCAGGAUGCAACAAAAACUGGCCCUCCUGCAGCAACAGUGUGAAGAGAAACAGCAACUAUUUCAGUCCCUACAGUCAGAACUACAGCUCUAUGAGACCCUCUAUGGAAAUUCCAGGAAGGGGCUGAAAGUGCCUGCUUGGGAUGCCUGUCGCCAAGUCCCCCUGAGCAGUGACUUGAGCCACCUGGUGGCAGAAAUCCGAGAUUUGCGAGGACAGCUGGAGCAGAGCAUUCAGGCCAACACCUGCCUGCGACUGCAGCUGCAGCAACAGCUGGAUGGGAACGCAGGCAAGGAGAGGCCGUCCUCCCACCAGCCCUCCCCAGACAGCGCCGGCCCAGCAGCGCCGCUCUUCCCAGAUUCGGCUGCUUCCCCUCCAGUUCGGGAUGUCGGCAUGAGUUCUUCUGGUCUGGUUUUUCCUGGCAUGCCUUCCUCUGGACCUCCUUCAGGGUCAGCUGUCACGAAUGACUCGAGUUUGGAUGUGUCUCCUAAGCUGGAGGGACACGCUGUUGACGGCUCCUUUGCCAAUAAGCAUGGUCGCCACGUCAUUGGCCACAUUGAUGACUACAGUGCCCUCCAGCAGCAGAUUGGGGAGGGCAAACUUCUGGUCACCAAGAUGGCAUCUCUCAUGAGAUCAGCAUGCAACUCCCCUGGCCUGGAAGCUCAGGGCACAGAGGUGCCUGGGGGCGAGGGUGUCUGGGAGCUCCGCAGAAACACCCACGCCCUGCACCGUUCGCUGGAGGAGUCCGCGUCCCUCCUCACCAUGUUCUGGAGAGCUGCUCUGCCGAGCCCCGCGGGCCACAGUCCAGCUGCCAAGGCGGGAGAGUCCGUGAAAAGGGAACUUCUGGAACUGAGAACCAAACUAUCUAAACAGGAGAAUCUGCUUCAGAGUACAGUGGAGCGUCUGAAGACAGCCAAUCAGCAGAAGGAGAGCAUGGAGAAGUUCAUCUUCAGCCAGUUGACCAGGACGCAUGAUGUUUUGAAGAAAGCAAGGACUAAUUUGGAGAAGAACACUCCCAGGAUUGCCUCUGUAAAGCCUUAUUCCUGUCCCAGGAAAGGAGAAAUCCCUAAGGGCCCUUCCAGGCACUCCAGUCUUGUGACCCUUGCCUUCCAGGAGCCAUGCAAGAAGGAAAGCCCUCAGUGGUCUCCCAAACAACUGGAAAGAUGGGCCUGUCCCCCUUCUGUGCAGCUCCCUGUCUGCUAAGGAGGAUCUGGGCUCUCUGCAGCAGAUUCAUCCAGAGUCUAGAAGGAGUCAGAGGUGUGUCUUGGUGGCACGGUGGAAAGGCAGAGAGUCUUCCUUUCCUGCAUUGAUGGAAUACAAUAACCCAAGGUCUACUCGGCCUAGCACAAAGAAAAAGGAGUAGUUUCUGUUUUUUUAGAGGACUUCGUGACACCGCUUGCUAGCAUCUCAGUGGCCUGGCAACUAACUCUAGCUUGACUAUAUCUUCAGCACCUGCCUUCAAGUGGUCAACUCAGGGGAAAUCAGACCUUGCUUCCUAGGAAUAGGGCACAUGACCCGACAUGUGCUCCCCACAUGAAACACUCAACAGGAGUCUCUUGCUUCUGAAAUAAAUGACAAUUCUGCGAUGCCAGCACAGCUCACAGACCUGCACCAAUCUGGGUGGCUUGGCUGCUCACAGUCAGGCUGGCCUCAAUCUCUGCCACUGCUCCUGAGGUGUGGAGUCCACCUGGAGAAAUGUGCUGUCCUGGUGCCAUCUCCUAUUUUGUCUCUCACCUCUUAUUUCAAUCUUCUACGGUAUCAAAGGGCAUUGGCUCCAGAGUCAACAUGAUCCUACUGUCAUCCUAACUUCCUUCUGGGAAAUUGUGGACUAGUGGUGAGACAAGCCCAUUGAAAGUCUUGUGUGAAGCAAACCAGUGUUUAUAGUUACAUGGCACCUGUGAGGCUUGGUAGUGCUCAAGCCCAGCCAGUCUUCAAUGCACUGCAGAUUGUGUGUGUGUAUACAUGUAUGAUCGAUAUUUAUUUAUAUGACUGCAGUGUUAUGCGGAAGGCCAGCAUACCUGGUCCGAAGGGUCAAGGAGAGGAAAUAGAACUACCCUACUGAUGGCUGUGGAAACAAAAGUGUAUAGAGAAUAAAAAUGUCUUCACCUA